AUAGGUUUGAUGCACAAUUAGGCUUCUACAAGAUUGUGAGCACAACCGUAAACGUCAAACCUCUGCAGGAAAACAUGUAUCGAUCUGCUCCCAUAUCGUUCGAUACUCGAAGUCGAAGUGCAGCUAGAUCACACGCGGCACGGGUAGGCUGGCAGCGGUCCUCGAAGGCGGCCAAAAUCCAAGAGCGACAGCGUAUGCUGAAAGACUUCCUUCCCGAGUCCGCCUGGGAACCACGAUGGAACAACCAAGAGGCAGUAAACCGUCAACCAAAUCAAACAUCUACGCAGCGCAAUAUCAACGCGGGUUCCAUAAACGAUGCCAUAAGAGUUAUUGAUGUUUCACUAGCAUACGGAAAGAUAUUCCCGAGCCACGGCGCGAUAUCUUUACCUAUGCUGGAUGAAACGACAGACUCCACUGCGUUUCAUGUGGCUCAAUUUCUUGGAACUUUUAUAUGGCCUACAGUGGGCGGUCAUAUUGCAGCUUACCAAUGGUUCCAAGAUUUCUGCACCUCCAGAGUGCUCUUUCAUUCUCAGAGUGCGGCUUCAGCGACUUAUAGAGAUCUCAUGGCCGGGAAGCCUUCCAUAAGUAUGACCCGUCGGAACUUCCAGCAUAAACUCGAAGCGAUACGUGAGAUCAGAUCAAGUUUGACACGUUGGCAUAUGGUUUCCAAACCAGAACGUGAACAGGUCAUCUUUGCCAUCCUGAUCUUGGCAAGCCAUGAAGUGAAGGAAAAGGACUUUUUGGAAACGACGUCGCCAUUCUCCGCAUAGUUCCCCGUAGCCAGUCACUUGAACCUUUGGGGUCGCACUGAUCCAAUCGACGCCCACGACGACGCUGCGUUCUCCCUUAUUGAGAAAGAAGGUGGAAUUGAAGCUUUGGAAUCGCCUGGUCUAGCC